AUGGCUUUGUUCUGGCAGCUGCCAGUGCAGAGACUGCAGCCGAAUGUUAUUGCGGCCAACAGCCUCCUUAGUGCCUUGGCCCGCAGCCUGCAGUGGCAGCUGGCGCUGUCGCAUCUGGCGCAGCUAAAUGCGCCCAAUGUGAUCAGCUUCAACACGGUGCUGGCGGGCUGUCGGAACCACUGGCACACCGCCCUGGAGCUGCUCCGAACCGCCAAGGAGCAGUCCGUAGCUCCGAACGCGGGGUCUUUUGCUGCCUGCAUCGUGGCAGCAGGCCAGGCGUCUGAGUGGCCUAUGGCCUUAAGCCUCUUGGCCCUCGCCGGAGAAGGCGGUUUGGCGGCCAACAGCGCCUUGGGCGCCCUGGCGGAAGCGGCUCAGUGGCAGCGCGCCUUGGAGCUGCUGGCAGGCUUGGCUUCUCCGGACGUGGUGAGCUUCAACAGCGUCAUGCGAGCCUGUGAGCGUGGACACGAGUGGCAGCGAGCCAUGGAGAUCUUCAGCGAACUACAGGCGCGGGGCGAAGCGAGCGACAUCAGCGUCUGCAGCGCCUUGAGCGCCCUGGGCCGUGCCGUCCACUGGCAGCGGGGGCUUCAGCUCCUCAGCCAGAGGCCCUCCGGCGCCCCGGUCUUUGGGGCUGCGCUCCACGCCUGCGCGCAGGCCGCGCAGUGGCAGGCCGCUGUGGCGGUUCUGGCCUCCAUGCAUGCUGCGGCGGUGGAGCCGGAUGACUCCAUCCUCGGCUCUUUGGCAACGAUGCAGAUCUCAACCGAGGCAUCGAACCGCCACGUUCGGACCCAGCCAAGGGGUAUUUGA